AAGGAACUCGAGCUCGUUGUUUUCUCCACGGCAACAGAAACACGUUGUCUCUGCAGAUAUUGAUCCUUAGUGAAGCGACUUGUGGAUUUGUACGGGUCGCUCUGCAGGCAUGUCGAAACUGAAGCUGAUAUCAGUAGUGGACACUCAGUAUCCAGGAUCACUGUUGAAGAACAUCAACGAUGAGCGCCACAACGGUUUAUUCUGUGAUGUCACCAUAGUCGUGCAAGACCGCAAGUUCAGGGCACACAAAUGUGUCCUGUCUGCCUCAAGCACCUACUUCCGACAACUGUUUUCCGUCGCUGGAAAAGUUGUAGAGCUGAACUUCAUAAAGGCAGACAUAUUCGACAUGGUCCUUAAUUACAUUUACACUUCUCAAAUGUUCAGAGUUCGAUCGGACAGACUUGAAGACCUAAUUAACGCCGGUCAAAUUCUGGGUGUGACGUUCAUAGCUAAUUUAGCGAUCCCGCUAGCACAAGUCAAGGGAUUACCCGGCCUGUCCAAAGAUGGCGACAACAACAUUGUCAGCUCUCCAGAGAAACCUGAGGAUGGAGGAGUGAAUAUGCCCAUCAUUACUGAGACCUUCUCACUGUCUGCCGAGGAGUUCAACAUGACUGGUGCAAAUACAGAAAAAGAGGACUCAGACAGCGAUGAUGUCCUGUUUGUGUCAAAAACUGAAGCCCCGCAAGCUCAAAAGACUAAAAUAUCAGAUGUUCAUAAAAAUAUCGAAGGAGCACCAGAAACUAAAAAACAGAAAGUCACAAAUGAGGAAGGAGUCGCCUCUAAAAGCUCAAUACCCCAAGAAAAGAAAUCGUCAGAAAGAAACGCAUCACUCCAAAAUAACCUUGAUCCAGACGUUGUGAUCCUUUCAAGUACUGAAAACAGUAGCAGUAUUCUCACUUCACCAGUAGGAACAGGCUCAAAUAGCAAUCCCAAACCCCCAGCCUGUCCAGACAGCGUCCCUUCAGAUCCUCAAAACGUCUCGCUGCCUUCAGACAACAUCGAAGUCCUCGGUGUCCAAAAGAAAAAGGUCCUGCUAGAGCACUCCCCUGAUCAUCCUGGGAAGAUCACACUGUCGGAUGUAAGGUCAUCAUGUAGUAGCAGUAACGGACCAACCAACGUAAUCCCAGCACUUUCGGUGAAGAAGACAAUAACAUUAGACAAAGCCUCGGAAAUUGAUUCUCUAUCGCCAGGUUGUAAAGUGUAUGCCAACAUAGGUGAAAACACCUACGACAUCGUUCCUGUCAAAGACGAUCCCGGGGAGGGAGCAGCUCCAGGUUGCAAGUCCCAAAUACAACCCGACUCUCCCAACACAGCCAGUCUCUCACCAAAAUCAAAGAAGAAAUUCAAGCCAGAUCAGGAGGAUCACUAUGAAAUUAUCAUGGACGGAAAGACAUUUUUCGUGUGCAUUGUUUGUAAACGCCCGUACGUUUGCCUGACGAGCCUUAGACGGCACUUUAACACUCAUUCUUGGGAGCGAAAGUAUCCGUGCCAUUACUGCAACAAGGUAUUCGCCCUGGCCGAGUACAGAACCAAACACGAAAUCAGUCACACGGGGGAACGGCGGUACCAGUGUUUACUGUGCAACGAGAUGUUUCUCAAUUAUCAGAUUUUGUCCACCCACUGCAAGCAAGCGCACAACCAAGACCCUUCUGGAAGGAAAGAGAAAGACGACUCGGCCAACAACUUGUAUCGGCUGCUGCCUUGUAAAACGGUGCAGUUCAAACCAUAUUCGUUUGUUUCUGACGAGUCAGGGGGAAGUCCGGUGAUUGGUGAAGACGGGACAAUCCAAUACGUAAACUCGGAAAAGGAGCACUGUACCAACCAGCCACUUCCAUCUAACCAAAGCAAAGCACUGAACUGGGAUGACAUCUUUGUAGAAUCGGAAGGACAAAAUGCUCGCCCUGCUCCACCUCCACAGCCUGUCGACCAAAUAAAUGCCCCGGCCAGGAAUGAAUUUGAGUUUGUUAUACCAGAGACAUACUGAGCACACUUGCUCAGCGAUCUGGCUCAGGUGCCUUCUUCAUUUCUUUGUGUUUUAUUUGAAAGACAGGUUGUUGUUGCUCUUCUGUGGAGGCCUGUUUCUGUAGCUGGAUAAACUAGUGAUGAAGUGACUGACUCUUUCUGAAAAUUUUCUUGUACAAUUUCGAGUUUGUAUUUGAUUAUAUAGAAUUUUUGUUUACCUUAAAAGUCUGAAUUUCUGAGGGAGAAGAAUAGCAAGAAAAUAACUCAGAAUUGCAGGAAAUAAUUUGUAUCUCACAAUUCUGACUUUUUUAUUCCAAAUUGGGACAAGGCUUAUGACUUUUUUGUUAUAAUAAUUUUAUAUAGUUUUUAGACAAUAAUUUUGUUAUUUAUUGCAAUUGCAAGUCUAUAUCUCAUUAUUUUAAUACAAUCUCACAAUUCUGAUCAGAAAAAGUCACAAUUAUAAAAAUAUGAG